ACCGCUCAACUUUCAAGAACUGAGGCACAACCAAACAAAUGCACCUCCGGUAGGCUACUUGACCUGUUUGCUUCUUGGUCAAUUAGCUCGCAGAUUUAUCACACCGUGUGAAAUGUCCAAGGCACAACCGAAGAAAAAGGAGUCAUCCUCCAGUAAAGUGUCUUUAGUCGACCGACAGACUGAAGCAGCAUCCCUUGCAGCCACUUCCUCUGAAAGCCUUGGAGGUGUAGGGAGAUGCAGAUUCCCCAUUUGGCCUGAGUGGAACGAUGCAGAGGUCAACAAGGAGAAAUGGGACUCAAGUAAAGGAGCUGAAGAUGGAAAGACAAACAAGAAUCACAAUGCUCCAUGUUUUGAAGACCCAGAGGGGAAAAUUUCCCUUCCUUCAUCUUUGAAAGUGAACUCCUGGAAGCGUCCUACAGAGUUCAUUGUCAACAAGGGUCUCACUGUUGUUGAAAAUCAAAUGAACUUUGACCUCAUCUCUCCCAAUGAUCAUCUGGUUUGCAGUGAGCUAAUGAGGUGGAUCAUCAGCGAGAUCUAUAUUGUUUGGACGCUGCAUAAUGGCACAUCUACAGAACAAGAUAGUUGGAGACCUUGGGAACACAUUUACUCCCUGUGUAAGGUGGCGAAAGGUCACUUGCCGCUCUACAACAACUAUGGGAAAUACGUGGUCAGACUCUACUGGAUGGGCUGUUGGAGGAAGAUAACAGUAGAUGAUUCCAUGCCAUUUGAUGAAGAAAACAACCUGCUUCUGCCUGCCUCCACCUGUCAGUCAGAGCUGUGGCCCAUGUUGUUGGCUAAAGCUCUCAUUAAAGUGGCCAACACACAUGUAGUGACCGAGGUCUGUGGAGAGAUCGGCGAGUUCACAUUUAUCCAUCCCCUCACUGGCUGGAUCCCAGAAAUCAGUCCUAUAAAAUCUAUAUAUCUGGCAAAAACCUGGGAUUUCUUACAAGACACCAUCCCCAUAUUUACACACCCAGAUGAGAGUCUUCCAGAGACGAAGCUUCAGACUGCAGAUCCAGCUGCAAGGAGAGAUUCCAACUUAAGUGACAGCAACAAUCAUCUGCCAGAGACAGAUAAAAGUAAAGGUAUCCCUGAGGUAGUGGUCUGUGCCAGCUUCUACCCAUUACAGCCACAUUACAAUUCCUUUGGGUUUGGACAAAUGGCUAAUUCCUCAGAGUAUCUUCGUCACUACGGUCUCUCCUUGCUGUAUAGCCACAUUGUCCUGUUGACCAGAGCCCGGGCAUGCCAGCUGGAGGCACCGCCCAAACCUCCACCUGUACCCAGAUGGAAACUCAUCCGCCAGCAGAGGGAGAUUUUGGUCACUGAUGAGCCACGGAAGCUUCCUUUGUCAAAACCAGAGCAGUUCAUUGAGGUUGCCAGCCCUUUUCUCUCCCACCGUGUCAAGAGCAGCGUUGGCCUGAUCCUGGAGCUAGAGGCCAAGCAGAGCGCUCAGAGGAAACAUUCCUUUGGAUCCCCUCUGGUGUCCAUUGCUGAGAGAGAGGAGACUGAAUGGCGAGAAGGCCUCGAGCCUGAUGCAGCUGAAUGCACCACUAACUCACCAAACAGCACAACAGACAAAAUAGAGGUUACUGCAGAGGACAGGAGAAAGGACGAUGAUGACAUCUCCAAUGAUCGGCCUAAAACUGCACCGGAGGAGCCUGUAACUGAGGAAUCCUCAGUUCCUGUCAAACCUGUCCUACAGGAGACUUGGGUGGACCUGGAUGACUUUGCAAAAUGCUUUCAGACUCUCUUGGUGUUCCAUAAACCACAGAUCUACCCGCACCAUAUCCACAAAUCUUAUUUUAAGAGCACCUUGUUGUCCAAAACUGCAAUAGGAACUAACUGCACUGGAUCAUCUACACACUCUCUUACCACCAUCCCUGUGACAUGGACUGUAGCAGGCCCUGAGUGUCCAGAGGUGAGAGGAACUCACUACCUCUGUGUGGACAGCCUCCAACCUCCCCAGAUCCUCAUCAGCUUCUCUGCUCUGCUUCUCUGGGGAGAUACUGCUGAGGAGAAGACGGAGAUGUCUGCAGCAUGUAGGCCUGCAGUUCUCAUCGCCCAGGCCUACUCCUGGAAAAGCCUCCAGUCUCAGCUGCCAGUUCUCACGAUCAAGACCACCUCCUCCAAGGCAGCUGUGCUUAACUUACCCCCAGGGCGUCAUGUGUUGUCCCUCCAUGCAAAGGCAGCCCUUGGCUACCACGUUCACCUGUGCAGCAAGACACCUUUCAUCUUUGGGGAUGAAGAAACCAUCAUGUCACACCUUACCAAGGAAAGUGCUCGUUUCACAGUGCAGGCCUCAUCCAUCUUUACAGCUCUGUCUAGAGUGGUAUCUUCCUUUAGCGAUGCGCAGGAUCAGCCAGAAGCAAGAAGAACCCUGGAAAUGGCUCACUGCCCCCAAAAUGUCAACACCCCCCUGGGCACAGGGGAACACCACAAGGUGUUCAAUGCUGCAGUUUACCACAUGUUCUGUGAGGCCCUGGGCAGGAAGCUAACAGCAGAGGAGCGGUUUGCUAUCCUGGCCCUCACAACUGACCCUUCACUCCUAGCGACUGAUCCUAAAGGAAUAUAUGCCACAUCAGUGAACUGAUUGGAUAAAGAGUCAAAGCCUCCAGAAAGCUGGAGAGAAAGGGAGCCAACAGACAGGGAGGUCAAGGCAGUCACAACUCUGCAGGCUGGAUUCAAAGGGCACUUGGUGCGGGAGAUCUUAAAUGCCUCGACACCAGGCACAAAGGAGAACCUCAGUGCAUCUAAGAUCCUUUUAGACAUGUGGCCAAAGGUUGAAUCAGAUGCAGCAAAAUACGCCGCCUUCUUGCUACGGUAUGCCAUUGACCACUCAGAGAGGAAAGCAGAGCUCUACUCCUGUCAGCAGGAUGAAUGGACCAGAAUCACCUUUGCCGACUACUCCGUUUCUCUUCCAGACACAGCCAACUCUUGGGUCUUAGUCUUUAGAGAGGUGUUCCUGGUUGCUAAGGAGAUGCUGUUGGUCCCAAAGGUCUACUCCCCAAUCCCUGACUGUUUGCUGCACGUCAUAAAUAAUGACACGGGGGAAGAGCUGGAGAUGGUCUUCAACAAAGUAGCACCACACGUCUAUCAACCCAACAAGCUUGGUUAUACCUUUGUAGCAGAGGCUGUCACACCUGAAUCACCUCCUGUUGGUGCCAAGUGGAGGAUGCGCUUGAUUGGCUCAAGGGAACUUCCGAAACUGUCCCGUGAGACUCCCCUCAAUAUGUUCUCAUUGAAGGAAUUCUGGGAUUAUUACAUUCCAAAUGACAAAAACCUCAUAUGUCGUUACUCUGUGCAGGUGACUGCAGAUGUCCUGGGAACGGUUCAGUUUCAGACUUCCAAGCCAGACGUGUUGAUCCGUCUGUCCAUUCUGGACCAGGAGAAGGAGGUGGCCGGCAACACCGGUAGGGGCCAUGUGGUCAUUCCUGUGUUCUGCUUCCUGGCCAACAAAGCCCCCGGUGGUGCAGACAAGAAGUACCAAAAGGGAUCCCCCUCCCAGAGCAUGGGAGUCAAAGUGGUUGACAUUCCCCAGCAAAGAGAUGAGGACGACAGCAUUGCUGGGAAAUCAGACUCCUCUUCUGACCAGUCCCAGCCUUCCACAGAGACUAUGGGUCAUAAGUAUGUGGUGCAGGCAGAGGUGCUUCAUAAGAGCUGGGAUUUGGAUGAAUCUCAGCUGGCUUUUGUCCAUAUGCUCAGAGACUUGGAGAAGAAUGAAAUGAGAGUUUACAAGCAUGAGGACCUGAACCGUUCACCCACUGUUGACACGCCACACCACCGUGGGCACAAAUCUGACACACCCAAAGCCAACCGCAAAGUAGAAGGUGAUAAAGAGAAGAUGAAGCCAGCUACCAACUCAAAAUCUAGCUCCAGGCAGGAAACGAGCCUUGACCUAAGUAAGGCGAACUGGACGCUGCGUGUGGUCAGUGACAAGAGCAAAGCAGAGAGCAUUAAGGUGACAAAGGACACAGAGAGAGCAGACCAGAUUAAAGCCAUUAAAAAAGCCUGGGAAAUGGCUGAUCCUGGCCGCUGUGCCAAGGCUUUGCAGUCCCGCCUUAAGUUUCUAAACCAACUCCAACAACAAGCAGGUGAUCAAACUACUACCAGUGAUGAAACAACUACAAAUGAUGAAGAAAGUACAGCUGCUUCCAGGUCUGGUGCUGACACCUCUCUCAGUCCAUCUAAUGAAAAGCUGACGGAUACCUCACUCUCCUUUCCUCCCAUGGACUACACUCCUUUCAUCAGACGGCGACAGGAUUUUCCAGCAUUGAUGGACUCCCAGAUGGAGGAGAUCCAGCAGAGGGAGCGCUUAGAAAAGAUCCAGACUUACCGCUUGGUCCGAGACAACGUGCUGGAGCAUCAGAAACAGCAGGAGCUCAACAGGAAGGAGCUAAUGAGACACCAGCUGGAGAUGUAUGAGAACAUGCAGGCAGCCAUGCGGCAGCGCUGUGAGAAAUUCCUCAACGCUUGCGAGGCAUUUAGCAGCCGUCAGAUGGCGGCCGUGAAAAAGGAACAAGAAGAAGAGAAACAGGCUCUGGAGGAGGCCCAGCAUGCAGUUCUAGAAAAAACAACCCCCACCUCUGCUGCCACCCAGCAGACCAACAAACGAGCCAAGAGUGCUGGCAAGAAGAAAUGAUGGUCAUUGGCACCAAGUUCCAGUCUCAGAUCUCAGCAGACAUGGCUGAACACUGAUGAAUCUUCAUUUAAUCACGACAUGGUAGCCUGCACAUGAUGACAUAAUAACACCUGACCAAAAGAUAGUUGCAGAUAGUUAAGAAGUGCAUUUUGUAUUUUGACUCUUUUAAUAUAAUGGUUUUUUUUUUAGUGUUUUCACUAAAUAUGUUCAUCCUUUCACAAAAUUUAGACUGUAUUCCACAUCAUAUUUUAAAAGAUAUACUUCUUGCACUCAUCUAUAUCCUUCCUAUUUCAUGUAUAACCUGUAUUAACAGAGCCAUUGUUCGCCUACAAAAGCGAUCUUUGCAGUUUAUAUAAAUAAAUAAAUCGCUGUUUG